AUGCGAUUCAAAGAGGAAGAGAUGGUAACGGGAGAGGAACGUGUGAUUUCUGUGAUGGAUCUUUCGCAAAUGACUUCGAUUCGUAAAGAAGACGUCAUUUCUACAUUGCAACAUCUCAAUCUUUACAAAUAUUACCGUGGACAGUAUGUGAUUGUCAUUACGGAUGAAUUGAAAAAUGCCUAUCGGAGGAUGUGUGAGAAGAUCACAGUACGUAUUGAUCCGUCUAAAUUGCGGUGGCAACCGAAGGAUUGGAGUAGACGAAAACUUUAG